AUGGCGCCUACCUUGCCAACUUAUGAGGACACACGCAAAGUGGGUCCUAACCUGUUUCAGGAAUUAAGCGCAGAUGAAACUGACGGAUACUCGUCCGUGGACGACAGAAGCGCGAAAAAAGAUGGUUUUAAACUCCCUAGGAGCGAGAAGAAAAGGGAAAAGUCCGAAAAGAAGGAGGAGAAAAAGAAAGAGAACGACGAGAAAAGUAAACCAGAGGAAACGAAGAAAGAUAAGGACAACCCAAAAGUAGAGGCAAUGAAGGAAGAAGUUCCCGACGAGGCAGGCAGAGGUACCAUCAAAAGAGCACGGACAGCCAAAUCCGAGAGCGAAGAGGAUCCGAAUGACGAAGUAGCAACCCUGAAAGAAGUGAUAAAAACGAUGAGUGCCAGGUUUCAAAUUGCCGAAGACCAAAUGACCGCUGAAGAGAGACUGAAAAAGAUUCGAACCGAAGACAAACCGAAAAACAAAGAA